AUGAGGACGUCGUUUAUUAAAGAUCUGAACAGAAGCAACGAGCUGAAGCCGACCCACCAGUUUUAUGAGUCAGUGAGAGCGACUACAAUGGAGUUUCCGCAAGAGUCAAGGUCCUUGAAAAACCGAAAUGCGUCAUUGGACUCGAGGAGUAACUGCAUUAGGCCGGUGAAUCCAGAAUUCGAGACUUACCAAAAGAUAAGUCAAGAACGCAUCAAGCUGCUGGAAAAGCAACUGAGGGAAAUCUCUGAGCAGUUGGCAAAAAUGCAGAAAAUUAACAGAAAGCUGCUGGAGGAGAAACUGCAGAUUGACCCUGUAGAAAUGCACUAUAUGGUGCAGGAGCUCAUAGUGGCCGAUUUUAAAAAAGAAUUGAUAGAGAGCCAAGCUGAGGUAGAAAAAAACAGAAUGGAAGCUGAAAAAGCCAAAAGAAAAGCAGAGCAGCUGAUUUUGGAAAACAAAAAGCUAGAAGGAAGCAUUAAAAGGUAUAGAAAAAUCAUUGGAGAUAUGACAGGGACUCCAAGGUUUAAUGCCCUCACAGAGUCGCUAUCAAAUUCUUAUCAAGACAAUUUUCCGCCUCAGCUGCCGAAUAUUAAAAAUGGACUUGUUGAUAGCUACAAGCCGCCAGGGACAGGGAUGAGCUCUAAAAGCUUUGAUAAGCCUCUUCAUCGGAUCUUACCAAUGCUGGAAUCUAGCAUCUCUGAAAUCUCCUCUUCUGAAACGUUUCACUCUCUUUUGUCACAUCUGGCCAAAACUUGUAAAUCUAUUCUUUCCUGCGAACGAUGCACAAUUUUCCUUAUAAGCCCGAUUAUUCAGCAACUUUACACAACCUUUUUUAGUAAUUUCCAUUCUAUUAACAGAGUUUUACUAGGAACUUCAUGGAUCCUUAUACAUACAGACCCAUCGGCUGAUAGCAGCUCCCCAGUUUUUGCGAAAAGCUCUGAGCUGAUCCCUGGGAUUAGGACACCAGAAGAAAUUGUGGAACCUAUUAUGAUACAUAAGCACCCUAUUAUAGCAGUCCAAUGCCAAAACUCUUCUAAAGGCUUUGAUUUGCAAGAUUCCAGGGUGCUGAAGAUAGUGCUUCUUCAAGUAAGGAGCUGCUUAAAGCAGUUUUUAUUGAAAGAUAAAGAAACCAAGCUUCAAGUGCAGCUGCAAGACAUGUCAGCAGUUAUCGCUGCUUUAUCAAAAGCAAGAAGCCACCAAGCCUUAGCUAACACAAUUGACGCAAUUUUGCCAAAAUUCUUCGAGUUUCACACAGCUGGGAUAAUCUUUGUGGACAAGUCUGAGAAGGAAUUUUUCAGUUUCGCAUACUCAAGGCUUGGGGCUGAAAAAUAUUCCAGUGAUACAGUCUGAUUUCCAGCCACAAUGGGAUUGUCAGGAGAAACGUUUAAGAGCCGCAGCAUGAAGGUGUAUGAAAAUGUAAAGAAAAAGAACUUAUAUAAUCCAGAAGUCGACAAUAUUGCUAACGCAUCUGACGUUUCUUCACUAAUAAUGUCUUGUCUGCCUGGUCCGAACGACACAAUUGUAGGAAUCCUGCAGCUCAGCAAUAAAAUUUCUGGUAGCAUCUCUGCUAAGGAUAUCUGGUCAAGCAUAGGUCGCAACUCCACACCCCCACACCCACUAAAAAGUGGUACCCCCCCCCCCUAAAAAAAUGGCACCCCCACCCCCCCUUUCACAGAUGGCACCCCCACCCCCCCUUAAUAUAGCAUAAAUAUAUGACAAAUGCCAAUUUAGAGCAGACGUAAUAAAUAAAUUAUUAUUUUAAAUAUUCAAAAUUACUGAUUUAUACAAUAUCCACAUAGCGUGGCACAAUCGAUUAAGGAGUAGGUGGAAUGAGGUGAGAAUUUCCUAUAACUACUAAGCACACCACAUAUGAAAAUUUGUUAGCAAGCAUAAUAAUGAUCUUUGGUAUUAAUUAGCAAUAUAUCCUGCAUAUAUUUAUGAACUUUGUGGAACAAUGGCUAAAAGUCGAAUUAGAGAUCCAAAAGUAAAACUGACAAUAGCAAAUACUAUUUUUAUUACCACUAUUGAAUCCUGUUACCAAUUCAGUCCUGCAAUCCUUGUAUAAUGGACAUCAGAUUAGCUUUAAUUUAUGAAUCAAUAAAUCUAAUCCAAGUUAUUGUGUUGUGCUUGGCUCAUUUAAUAAUUAAUGCCAUUAUCUAUAUCUUUGGCAUUAUAUUUAUAAAUAUAAAAAACAAAUUUAAUAUAUUUUUCUAAUUAAUUGCUAAUUAAUUUAAAUUUAUUAAUUAAUCAUAAAUAUAAAGUAAUUUGUGGACUUAAUUUAUCAAUAUAGUGUUUUAAUUGGGUUAUAUUUAAUUUAUUCUGCUUAUUUCCUAUCAAUUACUUCUAUAGAAUAAACACGAGAGGGGGGGUGGGGGUGCAAUCUGUGAAAGGGGGGUGGGGGUACCAUUUUUAAGGGGGGUGGGGGAUGGGGGGAUGGGGGUUCCCUUAUUAGGGGGUGUGGGGUUUGCUACCUAUGCUUGACCAGAUAUCAAGCUGGUAGGAGAGCUCAGCAUUGUGAUUGGGAACCUGAUUGUAGGAGUCAAUGAAAUUGACGAAGCUAAGGAAUUGACUGUAAAAAUGAAAAAAUACUUCGAUUCGUCGAAAAUGGAAGAAUUAACUUAA